GCAUCCAGCAGAACCAUCAGCCUUCAGUGGGAAUGGGUAUGCUGGGGGCCUAGCAGGAGCACAAUUAGGCCCUGUAAGGAUUCACAAAAUUAAAGUCACUGAAGAGUUACAGUUUGUGUAUCUGAGCAGGAAAUGUUGAGUGUUUGCAGGCAGCCAAUAAAGCAGAGAUCACAGCCCAGCUGACUCACCGGCAGGAAAUCUGCAGCUGCUUUUGAAUGCAGUGAGCCGGCUCACACUUGGUAUCGCAGCAGUUUCACUCCAUUCCACAGUUGUGUGUUUGUGUUUCCAGAGCCAGCCAUCAAGAAAUGGCCAAUCCAUUACCUGUGGUGGCCCAGGAAGAUUUGGAAAGCUUUGCCUUGACCAGGACAGGCUCAGGCUUUGCUCUCAAAGCCUUUCAUAUUUCCUGGAGCACUCCCAUCUCUGUGAAGCUGCUGACCAGCCAGGACACCACAGACAGGGAGUGGAAGUUUCUACUUCAGGACAUAGCAAAUGUCAGACACUGUGAGUCUGAACGUCUCCUGCCUUUCCUUGGGAUUUACCAGUGCCAUGGACUUGUGGGGAUAGUGACUGAAUGGAUGAACAAUGGAUCACUCCACUCCCUCAUCCAUGAGCAUCAGCUGUACCCAGAGCUUCCCUUUGCCUUACUCAUAAGGAUCCUGUCGGAUGUGGCUGAAGGGCUGCACCAUCUUCACAGCCUGGGACCUGCUCUCUGCCACUGCAGCCUGAAACCUUCCAACGUGCUUUUGGAUGUGCAGUACAGAGCCAAGAUAUCGGAUUAUGGCCUAACCAACUGGAGGAAACAGCAGCUGAGGUCAGACCUGCAGAACUGCCAGCAGAGAAUCUGCCAGGAUUUAGUGUAUCUUCCUCCUGAAAUACUUGAAGGAGGGCUCCCUUCCCAGGAAGGUGAUAUUUACAGUUUUGGAAUCCUGUGUUGGGAGAGCCUCAGCAGACAGAAACCUUUUGAAGGCCAAGGAACCUUGCUCAAUGUUUUGAGAGGAAUCUGCAGCAGUUUGCGGCCAGGCAUUUCAGAAAAGUUCAUACCAAGCAAUUUGCCUGAGAGGAAUAGACUGCUGCACCUCAUUGCUCUGUGCUGGCAUCAAGAAGCAGAUUACAGACCACAUACUGCAGAAUGUGUACACCUUCUAAAUGGAGUUUUGACUAGUAUAAAUAAGGAUGUAAUUUCUGCAGCAAUCUACAAUUUGAUGGAUGCAAAGGAGAGAGCGCUUAACGCCUGCAAAGGCUCACAGACCUACACCCUGCAGAGAGGCACCUGCAAUGCCGAGAUCAUCUGUCCACAAAAAGCCAACUGCUUAAUCAGCAAGAAAAUUCCUCUUGUAGUGCCAAGCUCAUCAACUGUUCUACUUGAUAGCAGUGCAAAUACAGCAGGAAGAGAUAAUAUUGAGAUGGGUGUGUCAAGUGCUACCCCACAGAAUGCAGCAGCAACCAAAGAUCACCCAGGCUCUGAGAGAAGAAAAUCAAGCUCCUUUUGCACAAAUCCUUCAUCUGGUUCAACUGCAGGCAAAGAGAGCAGUCAGCAUAACUCCCCAGCACUGGCUCUUCAGCACAGAGCACAGCCAAUGCCCCUUGGACAAGCAGUGACAGGUCCUUGCAGCAAAGGAAACUGCUGUCAAAUCCUUGCCUGCCAGAGACAGAGCAUACUGAGCUGCAUGACAGAAGGGCUCCUCAACCACGUGCUGGACGUGCUGCGCUCGCAGCAGACCCUGUCCCGAGUGGACUACGAGAGCAUCACCUCGUGCCCCACGGUGACCGCCCGCGCCCGGGCGCUGCUGGACACCUGCCUGUGCCUCGGCGAGAGGGCAGCACAAGCUGUGGUGGCUGCACUGUCAGUGAACAAAUGCAGUCCUCUGGGACAAGUCAUUCAUGCCCAGACUGUCCUUCCAAGGUAAACAGGCUGUUGUUGUGACUGGUUUUAUCCACAGUCUGUUGUAUGCAUCUGAGCUCUAGUUAUUUGUGAUGGCAAAGGUUCACGUUGGUGUCUCACAACCCAUUGACCAAAGGCAAUUCUUCCUACAGCCCGUUAUUUGAGUACUGUAGUGGUAGUGUAGUGGUACUGUAGUGGAAAAAGCUAACUGGAUUAAAAGGUCAAGUCAAAUGCUGCCAACGGAAAUUGCCAAGACUGGUAAAACAAAUGAUUAUUUGGACCUCGGAGGUGGGAAAAGUGCAAUAUGUGCCAGAGCAAACAGAGUUCAAGUGAGAUGACACCUUAUUUCCUUAAGUUUUUUUCAUUAGAAUGGAGGAAAAUGAAUCAUGACCUUUUUGGAAGUCACAGUAUGGAAGAAUGGCUAUUUAGAAAUACUUCCAAAUAAGGAUAAUGAAAGAAUACCGGAUGAGGAGAAAAAAUUUACUGCCUUUCACUACACUCAUAUCUGAGGCAGCUGUUACAGUGAAAAGCUUCAGAGAAUCAAGAGAUAUUUCUUCAGUAGGGCCUUAAGUAAGACUUGGAAGUUUUAUAUUUUGCAUAUAAAUUACUUCAUUUUCCUCACAAAUGGUCAUAUGAAAACGUAGCAGUACUUACAUCAGUACUUUGGAGAUGUGGGACUUGGAGUACUCAGUAAAUGGAGAAACGAUAACACUUUAUAUCCCUGUAUCUCUCUAAACAUGUCUGCAGCUCAAAUGUAAAAUUAAACCAGGCAGAAGAGGUGCCAAGCUGAUAAUUUUGAAAUAGUGGUUCUGCUGAACUGUUGUCAUGGUUGUACUCUAAUGGGAGACAGCCUGGGAAUACUGGUUUUGUAGCUCUGGCCUGGACUCCCCCACGGUCACAGAUGCUUUGGAGUGUCCUGCUGCUGCUUGAACUCACCCUCAGGUCAUGGACCCUCUGGCUUGAGUUCACAUGGAGUUCCAGUCUGUCCAGUCCAGCAGCACUGAAACAUUGCUGUUAUCAGAACGUUCCCAGGCACAGUGGAGGAAGAUAAGUGGUACAACAGGCAGUGAAAACAACAGCCCAGCCACUAACAAGCACCAGACACUCCUGUACAGAAGGCAAACAAGUCCCAUGGCAAGCACAGGAGUCACUCAACAGAUCAACAGCAACUGUAGCUACAAAUGAGAUCCAGCACAUUCCAGUAAAAUCUGUUGUUACCUUGAACCCUUCAAGCUUCACACUGGAUGCUGAAAAGAACAUUUGUCCCAGCAGACAACUAUGCUCCACAACAGUAAAGUGAGAAAACCUGUUGGCUGAGAGCCAGACAAUUUAACAGGUAAAGCAAAAGCUUCACACAAGCAAAGGAAAAUGUGGAAUUAAUUCACCACUUGCCAAGGACAGGCAGGUGUCCAGCCCUCUCCAGGAAAGGAGAGCUCCAUCCCACGUAAUGGUUGCUUAAGAAGACAAAUGCCAUCACUCCAAACGUCCUCCCCUUCCUCCUUCCCUAGCUGAGCUUGAUGCCACAUGGUCUGGAGUAUCCCUUUGGCCAGCUGUGGGCAGCUGUCCCAGCUCAUCCUCCCCCAGCUCCUUAUGCACCCCCAGCCUCCUCCCUGGUGGGAUGAGGCCAGAAAGGCCUUGGAUCUGUGUGAGCUCUGCCCAGCAGUAACAAAACAUCCCUGAAUUGUCAACGCUGUUUGCAGUACAAAUUCAAAAUACAGCCCCAUACUAGCUCCUAUGGAGAAAAUUAACUCUAUCCUAUUUGAAAGAGAAAUAAUAAGAUUACUUUCUGUAUGAUGAAAAUAAUGAUAAAAGGUGCUGGAGUUUUAAAGGCCCAGUGGGGUUUAUUCAAGCUUCGUGGCACCAGAUUAACAUGAGAACUUGUUAUACCAUCUACAGGUAUUUCAAAUGCAAAACCAUGUUAUUUGUUUCCCUAUGUUGCUUUUGUUCUCUCUGCAGUUUCACAGUUCUCAUUGAAUUCAGUCAUUUGGCUGAUUGGAAAUGCAGUAAUGAUGUGUUGUCUGGGCACAGUUAAGAAACAAGAAAUAUGCUACAUCAAAGUUUCCAGCUAUGAUGCUACUGGAACCAUAAACUUUUUUUUUCCCAUUAUUUCAUUAAACUUUGAGACUGCCUUGAAUUAAAAUAUUGUUACAAUUAAAAGCAAUGUCUGUCAGAAUAUGUUGACAAUAGUUUUCCUUAUUAAAAGAGCUAAAUAUUUAUUUCACAGCUGAUUUUUUUUUUUUUUCACUUUAAAAUCUACACUUUAAAUGGGAAAUUUCAACAGUCUCUGCUAUAAAAGAAUGUCUUGCUUGUGAGGAAAGGAACUGCUGUCAUGGUGUUUUGCCUCUUUGGAAGGCAUAAGAUACUCAGUACAACACAUAAACAUUCACCUGUGAGAAAUAGUUACAGACCUUUAAAAGAGAAACUAGCAAUAUUGUUGAAACUUAAUAGCAGCUUUCAAAAUAAUUCCAUUUAGUUGUUCCGCUGGACACUUUAUGCUCCUGUUAAAGAUAUGCUGGCUGGCAGGCUAUGCUGAAUUUUUGUCAUUGUGGUUUUGACACAGAAACAGUUUUGGCUCUUUUCUAGAAGCAGCUGCCUACUUGAGAAUAAAAUCUGAUGCCAAACCUAAGCCCAGUCUUAACUGUUAGUGGAAGAACUGGCAUCGAAACGGUGGGAGCACAAGCUGCCUGCUUUUCCAGUGUGGUAUUUUUCAAGAGAUGGUACACAUUGUACACAUUUGUUGAAAUGAAACUGUUGUUGAUACAAAAAGUUUUGCUACCAAACUAAAAUACAGGGACGUGAAACUAGCAGCAUUUUUUCUCACCAAAAAUACAUUCUCUCAUAAGGCCUGUAGUGUGAGCUGUUAAAAAUAUCUCAUGUUGAUCAUUGGUAUGAAAUAUCAAACUGCUGAAAGCUUAUGGUAUUUUGCUCCUGCCCAAGCUUGUUCAUUAGCUGAGACUUCUAUGGUACUCACCUCCGUUUUCUGCAGUUACCGUGACAUUAUGAAACAAUGUAGAAUAAAUGGCACUGAGUAGGAGUAAAGAUAGAAGAAUCAAACUGUUCUUUAGUAUCUGUGGAAAGAAACAAGACUUGAAUGUGAAGAACAACUGGAGUUGCAGGAAGGAAAUAUGAAACCUGGGUAUCUCUAGAAAACAGCAAGGAGAAUAAUAAAACCAAGUCACUUCAGGACUGAUCAUAUAAACUGAUUAGUAAAACUCUGUUGCAGUUACUCAGAAAGUAAUUAAUAGUCAUUAAAAAUGACAAGCUGUACAAAUUUUAUGAAACUAUUUAAAUUUAUUAAAGGAAUGGUAAGCAGA